UGAGUUUUCGGGAUUUUUAGCGCAGGAGAAAAAGCUGUUGGUCGGAGAUGCUGGAGGUUUUAGAGAGAAAACGUCUGAAAUUAUCACUGUUUGUUUUCGUAUUUAUGUUUAGUAAAAUGUAGAUGACUUGUUCUUAUCUUUUAACAAAAUUCGAACAUGUAUAUUUUUAAACCGAAUAAAAUCGCAUAAAAAGUUAAGGCCUUUUUAAAAAUAAUCGAAGAGGACUUGAAUUUGUCUGCUUCGAUUUUAGUUGUGGAAUGAAUGAUGCUGCUAUCAGGGAGCCAGAUGUUGAGCUCGGUGACGGAAUCACCCCCCCAAGCUACCGUGUCCCCCGCGGUGGAGUUGGGGUUAACGGUGCUAUACAUCACUCUUUACUCGCUCCUCUUCGUGUUUGUUUACUUGCAGCUGUGGCUCAUUUUGCACUAUGGACAUAAACGCUUCAGCUACCAGAGCGUGUUUCUCUUCUUGUGCUUGCUGUGGUCAGCGCUCCGGACGACCCUCUUCUCAUUUUACUUCAGAAACGUUCUUCAAGCGAACCAUUUGCAACCGCUGCCCUACUGGCUUCUCUACUGCUUCCCAGUCUGCCUACAGUUCUUCACGCUCUGCCUGCUCAACCUGUACUUCGCACAGGUGAUGUUUAAAGCCAAAGCUAAGUAUUCACCAGAGCUCAAUAAAUACAGAAUUCCACUUCGACUUGCCUUCUUCUUUACGAGCCUCUUGUUUUUGGUGGUGAAUUUCACAUGUGCCAUAUUGGUGCAGGGUAGCCUGUCUGAAGGUGACCUGAAGCGUACAGUUCUAGUACGUGUGCUCAUCAACGAUACUCUGUUUGUGCUUUGCGCCAUAUCACUAGCUGUCUGCAUUUUUAAGAUUGCCAAGAUGUCUUCUGCCAAUGUGUACCUGGAAUCCAAGGGAACCUCUGUGUGUCAAGCUACCACAAUUGGUGCAGCAGUAAUCUUUCUUUACACUUCCCGAGCCUGCUAUAACCUUGUGGUGGUAGCGUUGUCUCCAGAAGAGCAACCAACUUCAUUCAACUAUAGCUGGUACAAUGUGUCUGAUCAGGCAGAUGUGGAAAAAAUCCAAGGAGAAGCAUAUGUUGUCUUUGGGAUCAUUCUGUUUUUCUGGGAGCUCCUACCAACAAGUCUCGUGGUUGUUUUUUUCAGGGUACAGAGGCCCAAUCAGAAUCUGACUCCAGGGGGUAUGAUUAAUAGCCACAGCUUCAGCUCCCGGGCAUAUUACUUCGAUAAUCCACGGCGCUAUGACAGUGACGACGAUUUGUCUCGAAGUAUCAGUUCCAGGGGAGACCGGGGAAGCAUCCUUUCCUCUACCCCUCAAACUGGCACCAGCUGGUACGGCACUAUCCAGAGAAAUGGCAGCUUUACUGUGAUUCCACAGUUGCUAAGUGGUCCUUCAACAGCAACUGCCCCUUUGCUUUUGGCUUAUGGCAACAUCCAAGCAAAUCAGCACCACAACUACUACUCAACGCCCCAGAAUUACCAUGUGACCCCUCAGAAUUAGCUCUUCCUGCCCAGCGCGAUAUUUCGUACCAUUCCACAUGACCAACUGCUUUACUCCGGGGCUAUGAAAUAUUCUGCAGUCAGCAGAUCAUUCAGCUCUUGGAUUGCUGUACUUUACGGUAGAGCUGGUUACUCUACUCGAUGGAGUGCUACUACAGACUUGGCGUAGCGUGAGUGAAGUACUAUUCAGCCAUACGUAGAUGGCAACUUCAGAAGUGGUGUGGCUCCAUUUUUUUUUUUUUUUAAAUCAUUUCCCCCCCCCACCUUAUAUUCCUAACUUGGCUCCCAUGCAUGCAGUAGAAAACACCUUGGCUUGGAUCUAAAGACUCGGGAAUGAUUUACUGCUCCGUAGGUCGUGUAACUUCCAUUUCAGCAGCUUUUUACUUCAGUCAUACGUUCAGUCAAUGGACUCUCGAUAUGAACUUUUAUUCUUCUGAACUUGUUCCUGUUUUGCUACUGUAACCUACCCACGACGUACCCCUUCACUUGCAUACCGUUCUUUUUUUUGUUUUUUACAGAUUUAUAUUGUCCUAUUUUUGCUUUACUUGGUAAACCUGCUUGAGUUGACCUACAUCAAGAACAUUUAUUUUUCCUGCAGCAGUGUUUCCAGUAGGCUAGUCUUUUGCACUUUGUGAAGGUAGCUUGAUGCUUUUUAUUUAGAAUGCGCUGAUGGGUAGAUGUUCCAAAAGCUACUUACACCUUGCCUCCCCUAAAGACACGAACUGUAAGGAAGAGCAGUUAAUGGGCUUCAUAGAACGACGUGUAUGACUUUCCGAUAUCUUCACAUCCCACAGGAUUGCGUCACCACACUGCUUGUUAAUCACUCUGAAGUAUUGAAUGAUGUGCUGAAGCAAGGGUGGUCUGCUUAAAUGAAUGAAGACAGCUUGGGCUAACGUCUGCUAUCUUUUAAGAGAGAAUUACGGUCAAGUCAUUUGAUCAAAAUCAAGUCAGGCUCAGGCUUUUAAUUAUUUUGACCAAAGAUUGAUUACUUUCUUAAGAUUCCUUUAUGUUAGGUAGUGUGUGGUCUUUGGAGAGACCUGACAGUCUGAGUCUUCAUUCUUCCCUGUGGUGCGCUAAACCUCCUUUCUGAAAAGGCGAGUUAGACGUGUGCUUUGGUUUGUGUAUCUCUGGGUAUUGAAAGUCAAGCCUGAUAUCUGAGAGGGAGAUCUGCACUUAACGUCUUUCAGCGAGUGGCGCAGGAGUGUUCAUGUACAGGAUCUAUAAUCUUAAUGUGUUGCUGUCUUGUAACUUUGUUGCCCUGUUUUAGGAUUUCUCAAGUAAUGCAAACGGUACUGGUACUGUAAAGCAGCAGUAAGGAGUUCGAAAAGUCCUCCUUCAGUUUGUUCUUGAAAUUUAAUUGGAAGGAUGGCUAACUUUGACCAUAAUGGAUUAUUUGACAAGUGCAGGAAACUGGAAAGUUUACAGUUUUGGACAACAUGGAUUGGCCUCUGUAACUUUUCUCCUCUCCUUUUAUCGUAAAGAUUUGGUUUUCUUGGUUCCGAAGUGAAAUCCUUCUUUGUGAGGACAGUUCCAGUUGCAGUGGCCCCUACAUCUCCCUCGCUGUUCUGAAGAAGGAACUUUUGACAUUCAAAAGUGUGUCAGCCGAAUGUAAAAACACUAAAACGUUUCAUUAAUGUUAAAUGCAAACGAUAUUUUUCCAUCUUUUUAUAGAAAUGGUGGCACUUUUGUACGUUUUCAUUGCUUGCUGACAAUGACUUUAGGACACUUUUGGACUGAGAUGUUACCCUGCUGAAUGCUUUAUUGAUGAAAUGUUUGUUUGCCUGGAGCAGCGGUUAUCUUUAAGGAUUGUAGACACACAUAGCAAACUGUCAAUAAUGGGGCUUUCAAGAAGGAUUCAUUUUAUUACUUAAGUGCAUGUUAUGAAUCGGUUAUUGCCCUCGUCUAGCUCAAAAGACGUGUGUUUACGCCAUUUAUCAUUCCAGUUUCUCCGUGUUGGAUCAACAAGUGGGUGUUUUCUUCAACGUGUUGGGAAGCUAAGUAAGCUAAUUGUGUGUGAAAGGGUCUCUCCGAGUGUUUAAGCGCUCCAUUAUACCAGUUCAGCCUUUUCUUAAGCUUUUAUUGCACAUUCUCUUGAUAAAUGGGGGUUUCGUGCUUGUUAGGUUAGACCCCCAACCCCCCUGUCGUCGUCCUUUUUUUUUGCAUUCCUCUGCAGUUUGAUAUUCCUUGUUUGGGUUUUCUUUUCCAGCAUAGGAUCUCUUAAAGCGAUGUAGCUUCCCUGUUAGUAUCUGAAUUUCCACAGAUGUAGUGUGUUUGUAUUUAUUUUUGAUGCUAACGACACAUUUCCCUAAUGUUUUUUUAAGGAGCAGAUUGUCCAGGUCGGUGCAUAACUAGAUCACUCUGUUCUUUUAGGCCUGUGAAAUUCUGCCAGUUGCAUGUAAACACUCCUACUAAACGAUGAAGAGUGUGCUGUGUUGUCAUCAGGGUUUUAAUACCAAAAUGGAGAAGAACAUUCCAUUGCACUGUAGCUAGAAGGACGGGGCCAAGCUGAAUGAACCGCUUAGGGGGGGUUCCUUUUACUCUUUGGGAGUGGGUCUUUUUUUUUCGUUUUUUUUGAACGGGACUCAUUUUAUUUUCUAGAUGUUCUAGCUUUAUUUUUUUUUUUUUUUUUGUAUUUUUGUAUUCUAUUUCAUGUAGCAUCGUCCACCAGUUUCAAUGAUAAGCUAGAAUGACCCACGUGGUCCACUUUUACAGGGCAGUCUGCCUAAAGCUUUGCUGCUUGUGUACUUGCUAAGCAAGGUCCUUUAUUGGUAGUGUAACGAUUUGGGACAUAUCCUUUUUUUUUGGGGUGGUCUUUCUCUUCUUAAUUACUAGCUCGGUGGUCCACUUCUCUUUUUUUAUUGGGGUGUAAGUGUUUUGGUUUUCAGGAUCAGCUCUCCACUGCGGUGGGUUGGCACCCUGCCCAGGAUUGUUUCCUGCCUUGUGCCCUGUGUUGGCUGGGAUUGGCUCCAGCAGACCCCCGUGACCCUGUGUUCGGAUUCAGCGGGUUGGAAAAUGGAUGGAUGGAUGGAUCAGCUCUCCAUAUUCCUGUUACAAGAUGAGUACUGCUGCCCUCUUGUGGUCAGAGCUUGGACUGAAGAAAGUCAUUCUAAUGUAAAAUCCUGGAUUUUUUUGUAUUUUUAUUUAUUAAUUUCAAUUACCAAGCAUUAGACUUGUGUAGCAACGGUGUGACCUGUGCAACUAGUAGGAACCUCAGCCUUGGUAGUUGAAGCCAUGCCAUUCUGCCCCUUCAUGCGAUUCAUUUUCCUGCUCCACGCACAUCUUCCAUAAAACUGGGGAGUUCUUGUUAUGCAUUUGUCGCAGGCUGUGAUUGGUGAACGUGUGUAUAAAGAGUCCAUUAUUGCAAGGCACUGGACUGAGUGGGUUUGGAAAGCUGUUGAGCUACAACAAGAAGCAUUAGAUUGGCGUUGUCACCUUGGCGUUUGAGUUAAGUGCCUGCAGAUUUUUGUUGUUCACAGUCCGGUCACAGCAGCCAUGUACUCUUGGGCAGAACCCUGCAAUAAUAGAGUUUCACCUUCAAAGCCAAUCCAGAUAUGUCCUCUAUUUCUGUAUCUUUAGGUUGUUGUGCACUUUUUCUUUUCUUGCUGUAAGGACCAAAAUGGUUUUCAACCUGUUAAUACUGAAACGUUUGCACCAAAUGCCAUAUCUCUUGAUCAAAAAAACAAAAAAAUAGCAGUGUUGCAAAAAAAUUUUAUGUGUCUUUAUAAAAUUCUACUUUUUUUUCUAAAUUAAGGAUAUCAUAAAGCAACAAGUGAGCCAAGCAAAUAAGUUACUAGUUUAACUCGUCUCUGAAUAGAGUCUGCUGCCACAUUCUUAAUUACAGCAAUGAUUUAAUGGUGCCAAAACUGGAAGACGGAACAAACUGUCACGUUUAUCAGAUGAGCUGCCUACUGUGCCAGUGUGACAGUUUGAGAUGGAGCACUUUAACUUUAUAUUGUAAUGCAGGACCGAAAACAAACUCUUAUUGUCGGGGGUCUUCGAAAGAACGCUUCCUUCACCAUCACAGGAGGACCGAUGUGGCAGCUGACGACUUACGUCCAUUUACGUGGCACCAGCAUCCAUCGUGGGCUUCACGCAUGUCUCUGAAACACUUGGUAUAAAGGGGAAGGUGAGACUUGUACUUGUGUGUGUUUUCUGUUCAAUGUGAAUGUACCCUUUUUGUUUUUAAUUGUGUUGAUUUUACAUUCUGUUUAUGUACUCUGUUGUGGGAGAUGUGGUAUUAGGGGUUGGCAAAUGAAUGUAUUAGGGUUUGGCCUGAUCCCAUUGCCCGUAAGCCUGUAUAAAACACUACCACGUUUAAAUAAAAGUCUUAUUGCACUGUUUUUAAA